UACAUUUUAAACACAGCAGAGGUAAAAUCAAAAGUAAAACAUUACUUAGCUGCCAACACCACAAAGCAGAAAAUACCUGAGUCAGUGAUUUCACCAGGAAAAAAAAAAAAAAAAACUUUAAUUUUUGAGACUGUGAGGGAGUCAAAGCAGUGAAGGAGGCGGAGAGGAGAGAUGCUUCCUGCCAACAGAGGGAGACAAACUCCACACACUCGCCAGUGAGCUUCAUAUUCAGCAGCAUCCUGAUCGUUGUCGGUCAUAAAUCAUCUACCCAUCAUGCACAGCAAGGAACAGAUCAGCCAUGACGACUACCAGAAGACAGCUGAUUGGCUAAAGUCUCAGACGAAGCACCGCCCUCAGGUGGCAAUCAUCUGUGGGUCUGGACUGGGCAUGCUCGCUGAUUCACUAAAGUGCCAGGACAUCUUUGCCUAUUCAGACAUACCGGGUUUCCCACAGAGCACAGUCCAGGGUCAUGCAGGCCGCCUCGUUUUUGGAGACCUAAAGGGGAAGACAUGCGUAUGCAUGCAGGGCCGCUUCCACAUGUAUGAAGGACACUCACUGCUAAAGACGACGUUUCCAGUCCGAGUCUUCAAGCUGUUGGGGGUGGAGACUCUGAUCGUGACGAAUGCUGCAGGCUCAUUGGCUGACGGUCUCAAACCUGGUGACAUCAUGAUCAUUAAAGACCACGUCAACUUCCCUGGACUGGUCGGUCUGAACCCACUAAGUGGACCCAACGAUGACAAGUUCGGCCCUCGUUUCCCCGCCAUGUCUGGUUGCUAUGACAAAGGCCUGCGCUGCCAAGCAAUGGAGAUAGCUAAAGAACUGGGCGUGGCCAGCGUGAUGCAAGAGGGCGUGUACGCCAUGGUGGGCGGGCCAAACUUUGAAUCCAUCGCUGAGGCCCGACUGUUGCAUCGACUGGGGGUGGACGCCGUCGGUAUGAGCACGGCUCCUGAGGUCGUCGUAGCAACUCACUGUGGUCUGAGAGUCUUUGGUCUUUCUCUGAUCACUAACAAGGUGGUGAAGAGCUACGAGGACACAGAGAGUGUGAACCACGAGGGCGUCCUGGAGGUCGGCCGGCUGCGCUCUCAGACCGUUCAGCAGCUGGUGACUGAACUGAUCGGCAGGAUGGAGAUCAAUAACAACAACAACACAUCCAAUGCUGUCUGAACAUGCACAUAUACACUCUGUAUAUAACUGACUGCUGUAUUUACAGCAUUUUAACAACAUUUCCAUUAAUCAUCCUUCAUGUUUUUGUCAUUGCUGUAAUAUAAAAACUUUAUUUAUACCAAAAGGUUGCCUAAUAUUUUCUAUCAGGGUAAAUUUGAAUGUAAGUAUUCAUUUAUGGUAUUUUUGUGAAUCCUAUAGAUUAAUAUAAUGUUGACCACUGUAUUUGAAGGUGCUUUAAUAUAAAAAUAAAUCAGACAAUGACUUUCAUAAGAAUUCUGAUGUUGCUGUUUAUU